UCUUGCGCUCCUCCCGCUGUAUGAAGCUCGUCCGUCCUGAGAAAUACCGCUCCCACGUCCGCUCGCGCUGCGGACUCAUCCCCUUGCGGCAAUUGAGCAAUGCCUGGCCUGCCCGCCAGCGUGGACCUUGACGAAUGCAUCAGCCGACUCUACAAGAAGGAGCUUCUCGCCGACUCGGUCAUUGAAGCGAUAUGCGCCAAAGCCAAAGAGCUGCUGAUGAAAGAGAGCAAUGUCGUGCACGUACAGUCACCAGUCACGGUGGUCGGGGACAUACAUGGCCAGUUCUUUGACAUGAUUGAGAUCUUUCGCAUUGGGGGAUACUGUCCCGACACCAACUACCUCUUUCUCGGCGACUAUGUCGAUCGAGGGCUGUUCAGCAUCGAAACCAUCUCACUGCUGGUCUGCCUCAAGCUACGCUACCCCGAGCGCGUCCAUCUAAUCCGUGGGAACCACGAAAGUAGAGGCGUGACACAGUCAUACGGCUUCUACACCGAGUGCAGUCGAAAGUAUGGGAACCCUGCCGUUUGGCACUACUUCACCGACAUGUUCGACUACCUCAGUCUGUCUUGCGUCAUUGACGAUAAGAUCUUCUGCGUUCACGGUGGCUUGAGUCCGAGCAUACACAGCAUUGACCAGAUCAAGAUCAUCGACCGGUUUCGAGAAAUACCACAUGAAGGACCCAUGGCUGAUUUGGUCUGGUCGGACCCGGACGGCGAGCGUGAUGAGUUCAGUCUGAGCCCACGAGGAGCCGGAUACACAUUUGGGGCGCAAGUGGUCAAGAAGUUUUUGGAAGUGAAUAGCAUGAACCACAUUCUCCGCGCACAUCAGCUGUGUAAUGAGGGGUAUAUGGUCAUGUUUGACGAUCGCCUCUCGACAGUCUGGAGUGCACCAAACUAUUGCUACAGAUGUGGGAAUCUGGCAUCGGUACUGGAAGUUGGGCCGGGGGGCGAGCGAAAGUGGAACGUUUUUGACGCUGCACCGGAGAACGAAGCGCACAGGGUGGAGCAACAGAACCAGCAACAGCAUGCGGGCAACGAUCCAGUGCGAGACUACUUCCUCUAGAUGAUUGAAGUACAUAGCGGGUAGGCGUCUGACUUUGCUGGGGCCGCUUGCAUUUUCAAGAUACCAAUGUGUAUAUGGGGCCAUCAAGUACGUAUACAGCAUCUUUGCACCU